AUGGUUCAAUUCUCCGAGGAGACCAAGGAGCGCGUCUCGAAAGUCAUUGAUAUCUCCCGGCGGAUACUUGCCUCUGAUUGUCUAUCUGGAAAAACAGGCUACACCUAUAGCGAGCCCAAGCCGACGUUGUUCAGAUUGUUCUCGCCUCUUGCGUAA